AUGGACCACGAUGCCUCGGCGGUGGACCACCCGGAGACCACGCCCUACGAGGUUCCAGAGGAGGCUUGUGCCUCGAAGCUCCCUCUCGGUGGCAGCAACGACCAGGAUGGUGCAGACCCCUUCACCGGCUUUUUUUCCAGUACCUUGGACGAUCCGGAAGAGGUCUCUCCCCUGGGCGUUCCGCGCUCCUUAGUCUUGGCGCUGCAGGAUACAGCAAGGCUUGCGGCGCUGCAAUCGUCGCCGAGGUCCAGCAGCAGCGGCCCUUCUGAUGGCGGAGAGCUACCUGAGGUUCCUACAGAAUCCGCCCUUCGGCCCUCAAACGACCUCUGCGACCAGCCAAGGCCUGUCCUGCUUCCUCCCCCCUACGCCGUGCCUUUCGACCCGGGCGAUGUGCCGGAUCCUCUUGGCCCGGCAGGAUCCCGUUUGAGUCCUGCCCAGCUCGGCCUGCCUCAGCAGCUUCCGGCGCCCUCGUCUGUGGCUCUACUCUGCAUGUGCAAGGCUUGCCGACUAAGCCGGGAAAGCUGUGAGCCAUCGACGCUGCAGGCGGCACAGGCCCAGACUGUGGAGAUGCCAAGCAGAGGUGCUUCGUCUGCAGAGAGGUGGAGAAUAAAGAGGCUGGCCGGGCCGCGCGCACUCUUCAAGCCAGCCAUGCUCCGAAUACGCCGCGACUUCAAGGAGCAGCUCUUCACGUCGCAGCUGCCACAACUGGCGCAGCCCGGAGCCUCAGAGGAGUGA